AGGUAAUAUCCCCCUGCCCUACGGCAAAAUCCCCUCUUCCCUCUGCCUGAGGUAAAAUCCCCCCCUGUCCUGAGGUAAAAUCCCACCCCACCCCACCGAGGUAAUAUCCCCCUGCCCUGUGGCAAAAUCCCCCCUUCCCCCUGCCUGAAGUAUUAUCCCCCCCUGCCCUGAGGUAAUAUUCCCUCCCCCUAAGGUAAAACCCGCCCCUCCCCCUACGCUGGGGGGUGCAUGAGGGGCGCAGAGGGCAGCUGCUAGAUCCCCCUCAGUUGCCCCUCUGGUUCUGCCACUAGAUUGGGGCUGCCCCAAUUUUGGGGGCUGUGUGCCUGCUGCACCCCAUGGUUGACACUCUGGACGGGGGCUCCUGUCACCCCCUAGCAACGUCCCAGGUAUGAGCUCCUUCAGGCCAUGGCACCCGGGGCUUGGGGUGGGCAGGGGGAGCCUGAUGGUAUUAGUGAUCAUAAAUGGUGAGGAGCGUGCGAUGCCCGCGCUCGGAGCCCAGGGGUGCAGGUAGCCCCUCGCUGAACGGGCGCGAGGUUGCGUUGUUGUGGCACCAAGCUGCGUAGCGAGAAGGGAUCUUGGCCCGCAGAAAAGCCCGGAGGGCAAAGACUCUACCAAGUUGAGGCGGCAUCCCUGACGUUUUUGGAAAACCCCCUAGCAUGUUGUAGUUGACCCUUUGCAGGUGACAGAAUGGACUUGGCAAAAGCCUAGAUAUAGGGAUGAAAGGAAAAACUGCAGAAUGUGUAUGGAAACCUAUACCACAGAGCAAAUCUUCUCCAUGUGAUCGGUACAAACAUGCCUGCUGCAUCUGCAAAGGAUUUGUUUAUCUCCAUGGAGGACGGCACACCACCAAUCUUAGCGACUUUUGGCGGUACAGCAUUGAGAGCAAUGAAUGGGAAAUGCUGCAUGGCUCAGGAGAUGGCCCAGAAGAACUGGAAGAACACUCAAUGGUGGCUUAUCAAGGAAUGCUCUGUGUUUUUGGCGGGAUGUUGGAUUCUGCUUUCACACAGACGAAGGCCCCUCUCUGGAUGUAUGACAUCGAUUCAGCAAGAUGGACCGAGUGCCGGCACACAGAAGCAGAGACUGAGAGCACGGCUCCAGCUAACAGGAAAGGCCACAGUGCAGUAGUGUACAGUUCCAGCAUGUACGUCUAUGGAGGAUACUUUGACAUCAAAGGAAUUUCACAAGAGUUUUGGGCUUUAAGUUUUGAUACAGGAGAGUGGUCAUGUAUAUCUGCCCUAUCUUAUGACACUGGUCCUGGACCUCGGCAUGGUCACUCAGCUGUGGUUUAUAGCACAGGCAUGUACCUCUUUGGAGGACUGAUGGGGCUGAGUGAACAGAAGGAUCUAUGGAAGUGGGACUUUACAAGCAGAAACUGGUCCAGUAUUAGAACAAGCCAAGGACCUCCAAAAGUAGUGGGACACUCCUCUGUGGUCUUUAGAGACUCCAUGCUGAUUUUUGGCGGAGGGAUUUCGAGCUCCAGGCCUCAGAGCAGCCUGUGGAAGUACCAUUUCAGUUCACAGACGUGGAGCAAGCUGGCUCACACUGCAAAGGUAAACAUGUCUUCUAAAACGUAUCACUGCAUCCUCGGACUUGGCAGCAGUUUCCAGGUGGCCCCAGAGGCCUCUUGUGCGUCCCCUAUGAAUCACUGGAGUGAAAAACACAAAGACCAUCGGAAGCUGCUGCGCGUCUCGAAGCAGCAGGCUUGUUUUGGCAGGUACUUUCGCCAGCAGCCGGCUUACAAAGCCUUCAGCAAUGAGGAUGUCAGUGAGAUCGAAAUGAAAACGUUUAGCCAGCCUCUGGAGCCCCUAGGCUUGCGCGCGUUUCAAACCUCUGCAGAUACAGAACUCUGUGCAAAGAAAACCGAGAGCACGUUGUCCAAAAACAAGCACCUUUCUCACCUCAUCUCCUCAGAAAAAGAUUUUGUUGCUGCUGAGGUUAUUGAGAAAAGGAGAGGAACUGAGCAUCAGCCCGUGAGCCCAAUGGACCUAGCCAAUAGCAGUCAGCCCGAUAUUCUGCUCCUCAUUGGAGGCAAGCCUCUGUCUGGGCUCUGUGAAAUCUCCCUCUGGUACAUGGAGCUGGACAGCGUGUCUGUGGCCCACACAUAACGGGGGUGCUGUCUAUCUGGUCUGAACAAGAGUAACCAGGAAGUAUUAGCACAGCUUGCCUUCUGCAUGCUCAGGGUAAAAAGUCUUCCAAGCUUCUGACCCCGAAACAGCUUUUCAGUCCCUAUUUGUGCCAUUGGUCGGGUGCUGCAGAUAGACUCUCAAGUGGGUGAAAGCAAAAAUCACAGCAGAUCUCCUUGCCCUAAGAGACAAACAUUGAAGUCCUGAUGCCUGUGAAAUUACUAGCAACCUUGUCUUCUGGUUACUUGCAAGUGUGGUCAAUAUUAUAGGCCAAUGGCCAGCAACCUUUUAAGGCUGCAGGGCUGGAUUGACCCAGCUCAGGUGAGAGGUGGGUUGGUAGGUGGGUGCAAGGACCCACCCAUCAUUGCUGCCUUUUCCUGCACCUGCCAGGGAAAAGUGAUAAUGUUCAUGUAUUUUCUCCAUGCUGGCAGGAGGGAAAAGCAGUGGUAGCAGGUGGGUCCCAGCACCCUCCCACCCAGCAAGAUGGUCCAGCAAGCUGGUGGGGGUGCCUUCCCUUUGGAGGGGGAAAAAACUUGGCAACAGCAGGCACAGGAGAAAGCAACUGUUACUGAAGCCCCCCAGUGUCAAAUGCCACUAAAGCCCUGUGUCUGAGGGCUGGAUCAAAAGGCUCCUCAGUCUGUAGGCUGCCAACUCCUGCUGUGUUAUUUAUUAAGGGUCUUUUAUUCCUAACAAGGGUUACUUGUACUGUAAGUUACACAGAAAUCGAAGGCAACGACUUGACUUGCGUAGAGCAGCCUCAUCAAAAUCCAGAGUUUGUGUAAGUUAGGGCACAGUCAGAUCUGAGGUUAUGGCACCAUGUCCAGAAACUCUCUGAAACUGCUCUUUUUAAAAAGUGCUAAAUGCCUAGCAUUUAGGGGACAGACUGCACAAGGUGAAAAGGUCAGUGGAGAAGGUAUACCACCCUCUUGAACCAAGGACACAGUAUUAAGCUGGGAGGUAUUUCUGGCUGUCAUCAAGCAGGCAUUUGAUUUGUUGCAAGUCCCUGGUCUGGUUAAAGCUGAAGGGGGCAAUAAGCACCUUUAUUUCAGGCUAACAGGAAGGAGCAACAAAAUGCCCCUUUUAUGCAAUGAUAGCAACCCAGAGCACUGGGCUGCACGGUACAGCCCAAGUGGUGCUGAACUGCCUGGGACCGGUUACAAACACAGAGAGGAUCGUUGGCAAUCCGUGUCUGCAUUAGUAAAGAGAAACAGGCGCGAGCACCGUCCUGGGGGUGGGGAGCAGAGGUCAGGGCUUCGCAAGCACAGUGUCUGCUGAGAACGUGGGUUUGGCGAUUGCCACCGUCUGUUACAGCUGUUUCAGAGAAACAGGAUUUUGGUGCAAUCCUAUUUGCUGCAAUCCUAUCAGCAACUCCUCCUAAUGGAAACUACCCUGCAAGGCCUGGCUUACUGGCUAACAGUAUUACAGAUACGGGAGAAGAGUUGAGGCUUUGGGGAAAAAACAGUCUACAGCAGCCAAAGCACGAGCAAGAGAGAUCUUGAAUUGUCGCACUAAGGACUUGAGAGAAAACCAGGUGUUCAGUGCUGGACUCCGGCACUGCUUUGCCUGCACUGGAAUAAGGAACGCAGUAUUGGCUCCCCUGCCAUAGGAACCUGCCUGGCCCUGAAACUAUGCAGUGUGACAAAACAAACUGUAGGUAGGGAUCUACUUAAUUGGUCAUUUCAUAGAAACCGCAAAAAUCAGGCAUUGUCUGCAAAAUCUACAAAAAAUAAUAAUUAAAACGCCAGCUCCCAGUGGGAGCCAGCAGUCUUCACGGCCCUUGCGGCCUAGCCUUGCAGCUCACUGGGAGAGGGGGAAGCCACCUUUGCGAUGGGAAGCAAGAUGGCAGCCACCCCCACUCCCCCAUUGGCUGAGAGGGCUGUCCGUCAUGUGGCCUCACCCCUCUCCACCAAACAGCAGCAAGGGGCAGGGCUGUAUGAUGGACAGCCCUCUCAGCCAAUUAUUUGGGGGGGGCCGCCAUGAUAAGCCCAUGACAGUAGUAGCUGGCCCUGCAGUCAGUCCACAAAAUCAGCUGCCUGCCUCCUAGAUUUCGGCAGGUCCCUAAAUUUAGGCCUAAAGCCUACGAAGACGCAAUGAAAGAGUUUGGGCAUUUUCUCCCCGGAAAAGAACAAACAAAGCCUGGGCUCUUCCCCAGGACAGACCUCAAGCUAGGAAAUGCACUUUUGAAUUUCUGCUCUGAUCCCUCCUCUGCACUGUUACGUGUGCAUCGGGAUGUGGUGUCCAUUACGUUUCCUUUCUGUACUGGGUGAGUGAACAAAAAAGCCUCUCCGUGGCGUGCCAUGGCAACCAGCCAUGUGACAAGCGUCAGAUUACUACAGCUCUUUGAUCACCCUAAUCCCAAGAGGUGCAAAGCACCCUGGCUCUCUCAUGGCCUUGCAGCUGGUUUGGGUGCUCACCACCUUACGGGAGGUGCAUUUCUUGCAGGUCCAGGCUGUUUCCCUUAACUUCACGAUAUUUUAGAUGUGCAACAAAAAUCAAAAUGGGCAAAAUGUGGGGAUGUACAGCCAAGGCCCCACCUGCUCUUCUGCAAGAACUUCCUGAGGUCGAUGUACACAAAAAUCCACCUCCACUUAAGUUUCAUUAAGCUCAUGCGCUACGUUUUAAAAUACUAUAAUAAAACAUCUACCUUUCUCCCAUGUCACCAUAACAGGCAGCCAUUUAUUAUUCAUUCUGUGUAAGCUACUGAGAUAAUCAGCCUAAUGGCUGAUUAUUUGACUCUGGUAACAAGAGACACUACAAGUGAGGGGCAGUGUUAUUUUCAAGGGAAGAACGCAUGUCGGGUUGAUAUAGUAUGUCUGCUACAUGAGAAUUAUUAUAGCUUUCUGUGCAGGUAGCUGAGAGUCAUUCACUUGCGUGUGCAGAAGCCACGCACUGUAAUUGCACGCUGCCAGCUCUCCAUCGCUUUUCAACGCACGUCUCUAUGCAAGAUGUUCAAACCCUGAGCAUGGGCCAUUUAAACAUCUCAUAUACCAACAAGGAAUGUACCUUUUUGAAUGACGAGCUUCAGCCCCCGACCAGCCUGUGCAAGCUCUGUGGGCUUCUGCGACUGCCCAGACCCAAGCAAGAGUCCAGUGGAAAGUGUACACGUGGCAGCUGGGAACCAACUGGGCGGGAUCAGGCUCUGACAGAGCUCAGCUUCGCAGAACAGUUGAGCUGAGCAUGGAAGUAGAACAAUAAUCUUAAAACCAGUCACAUGCAAGAGCUUGCUGAUAGGUCUGUGUAGGUGCAAUCCAGCAGGAGCUGUCUGUACCAUUCAGGACUUUAUCAUCCUCAGGACUGGGGGGAGAUGAGGGCAGGGCAUGUAGCCACAAAGGGCUGCUGCAGAUGGCUCCUUGGGUGCCACCAAGCACGUUAUUCCCUUGUUGGCGGCUCCCAGCAAUUUGAAAAUAAGCGUGACCUGAGGGUAGAACAGACGCCUGGAAUUCACGACCACUUAGCGAUAGGAACCCUCCGCUGUCUGGGCGGCUCGGUUUCCUUGUGCUGUGCAUGCUUGUAUUUGUGGUUUCCUGCUGCGAACUGCCUUCUGAAGCGGGCUCAAGAGGAAGCAGGAUUUGCUGGCACCUCCGUCUUACUGCUGCUGAAGCAGCUUUCAUUUCAGGGCUCUGUUAAUCUGCAUUGCAGCUAAUGGCUGUGAUAGAGGUCCAGCACCUCCAGUAGCACGAGCCCUUCCUCUCCUGGUGCUCAGUUGGACUUCUAAUGAAAUCGUAAUCUUAUUGCAAAAAGGUGGGGGAGGGGGUGGCUGUUUUCGUCAGUCCCCUGGCAGCUGCUCACAAUACAUGGAUGCACUUAAAAUGAGGGGGGCAGGUAUUCAGAGGGCUGCUAGUAGUUUAACUGACCACGUUAGUAGUCGUCAAAAUGCAGUGUUGUCUACAGCUGUGCAAUGGCCUGUGUGACGUGAUCACUUAAAACACCGCAGUUAGCAGCAAAUAGCGCAGGAACAGACACUGCCCAUCAUGGACUGAAGGGGCUCAUCCCUCUGCUGGACCUGGCCGUGUAACAGUAAGGCGGAAGAACAAAGAGCCAGGCAGCAGAGAAGACGGCCGUGCAGGCACUGGUCCCACGCUUGUUCUGUGGCUAAACAGACGACUCUACAGGGCCUGAUGCGUCUCCUAACAAGUGCUCACUCUAUAAAAUGAAAGCAAAAAGCUACAACCAGUCUAUUCACAUUCAUCUGCUCCGGAGCAGCAAAUGUACUGCAGCAUUAUGAGUUGUGUGUGUUUAAAAGUUGAACAUUAUAAAAUGAACGUGCAUGAACAGAUCUGUCCAUAUUAACUAGGUCCAGUUAUUGCUUUUCUUAGUUUUCCGUUUCCUAUUCCUGAGUGAGAAGGUAUUAUCAAUCGGGGAAGAUUUCACUUACACGAUGCAGACAUUUCUUUGUGAAUGACGAACUAAAGGCACUUCUGUCUUAAUUUCUUGACUCAGUAAAAGUAUUUAAGUCAA